ACUACUCUAUUUAUAGCGACUCUUGUCUUCUACGUUUUUUAAGUUAAGAUCUAUUCUUAAGCUUUAGUCACUUUUCAAAAGCUUUCUGGGCCGUAGUCAACUUUGUUUCAUCAAAACCAGUUUCUGCAUAAUGGGAAGCAGCUAUGGAGAAUACACCUAUGAGAGCUUGGAGAGGGAGCUCUACUGGCCCUCAGAAAAGCUUCGAAUUUCGAUAACCGGAGCCGGUGGAUUCAUUGCCUCACACAUUGCUAGGAGGCUGAAGAGUGAAGGGCAUUACAUAAUUGCCUCAGAUUGGAAGAAAAAUGAGCACAUGACAGAGGACAUGUUUUGCCAUGAGUUCCAUCUAGUUGAUCUUAGAGUCAUGGACAAUUGUUUAAAGGUCACUAGUGGAGUUGACCAUGUCUUCAACCUUGCUGCUGAUAUGGGUGGCAUGGGCUUCAUUCAAUCAAACCAUUCAGUCAUCAUGUACAACAAUACCAUGAUCAGCUUUAACAUGCUUGAGGCUGCAAGGAUCAAUGGUGUUAAGAGGCUCUUCUAUGCCUCAAGUGCUUGCAUUUACCCUGAAUUCAAACAGUUGGAAACUAAUGUGAGCUUGAAGGAGGCUGAUGCUUGGCCUGCAGAGCCCCAAGAUGCUUAUGGACUGGAGAAGCUAGCAACAGAAGAGCUGUGCAAGCACUAUAACAAGGACUUUGGUAUCGAGUGUCGUAUUGGACGAUUCCACAACAUUUAUGGACCUUUCGGAACUUGGAAAGGAGGAAGAGAGAAGGCUCCAGCUGCAUUUUGCAGAAAAACACUUACUUCCAAUGAUAAGUUUGAGAUGUGGGGAGAUGGGCUUCAAACUCGGUCUUUCACCUUCAUUGAUGAAUGUGUAGAAGGUGUCCUAAGAUUGACAAAGUCAGAUUUCCGGGAGCCAGUGAACAUUGGAAGUGAUGAGAUGGUUAGCAUGAAUGAAAUGGCUGAGAUUGUCUUGGGUUUUGACAACAAGGACCUUCCCAUUCACCACAUUCCUGGCCCGGAAGGUGUCCGUGGCCGAAACUCAGACAACACUCUCAUUAAAGAAAAGCUUGGCUGGGCGCCUACCAUGAAGUUGAAGGAUGGGCUUAGGUUUACAUACUUCUGGAUAAGGGAACAGAUUGAGAAAGAGAAAGCUAAAGGGGUUGAUUUGGCAGUUUAUGGGUCCUCAAAGGUGGUGGGAACCCAAGCACCUGUUCAAUUGGGUUCUCUACGAGCUGCUGAUGGCAAAGAAUGAACCAAAACAAAGCAGCUAAACCAAGCCAUCAUGAUGUGAUCAAAUCAAAACCUUCAAUUCAUAUUGGUAUUAUUAAAAGUACAGUAUUGGGUUUUAGUAGCCUUUUUCGUUCCUCAACGUACCAUUUUCAACAUUUCUGUUUGUUUCCUCAUUGGCAAUAAGAAAAAAGUGCUUAUUCUCUCUUUUAA